AUGUAAGCCUUAAAGACAGUUGUCAUUACAGGAGCAAACAAAGGAAUUGGAUUUGGCAUUCUUGAAAAUCUCAUUCAGAAGCAGUCAUACAAAGUCAUCAUGGCUUGCCGAUCCCUUGAAUUAGCUCAAUAGUCUAGAACCAAAUUGCUCGAAAAAUACAAUCUAUCCCAAGAUAGAAUUGACACCAUUGAGUUGGACAUAAGUAGUAGUGGAAGUAUUGAUAAGUUCAUACAGGAAUUUACAACCAGAUUCCAUUAAGCUGAUAUCUUAAUCAACAAUGCAGCUGUGGCUGUCAAGUCAGAUGACUUCAAUUUGGAAGUUGUCCAAUACACCUUUAAACCAAACUUCUAUGGCACUAUCGAAUUGACUGAAAAAUUCAUCCCUCUAUUGAGUCAAAAUGGAAAGAUCAUCACAGUAGGUUCAUCAGCAGGCAAAAUAAAAAAUUUGAAAUCUGAAGAUCUAGUGAAAAGAUUCUAGAAUCCAGAUAUCACUCGUGAAGAUGUGUUCAAAUUGGCUGAGGAAUUUUAAGAACAUGUCAAGAAUAAUACAUAUGAACAGAAUGGCUGGCCAAGUUGGGGAUAUGGAAUAAGCAAAUUGCUUAUCAACACCUAUGUUAAAACUUUGGCUUAGAAUGCUGAGGUUAAGAAUAAGAGUUUAUAAGUUUACGUGUGUUGUCCUGGAUGGGUGAAGACUGAUAUGGCUGGAGAUAAGGCAGAAUUGACAAUAGAUCAAGGAGCAUUGACUCCAGUAUACUUGGUGGAAUUGCCACAUGAAGUAAAUCCAGAAUAUUAAGGGAAGUUCUUUUAUCUUAAGAAGGUGGAGGAAUUAUGAUAGUAUAUAAAAUAUUAAAUUGGGUAUAAUUAUAAUUAUAAUUAUAAAUUGUGUUGAAAUAAAAA